AGUGACUUUUAGGGGGUUUUGUGUGUUUUUUUGUUCACAGUGGAGAUUGCUGGUUUUGUAGCAGGGAUGGGCCUUGUUCUCUUUUUGUAACACUCUGUUCCUGCUGGCUUAGCUGUUUGUGCCUCCACCUGACCCUGCAGACCUCAUCUGGGUCUUCUACUGCUUGUUUUUUAGCUCUUCCUAUAUCCAGUGGGUUCAGAGUUUGCAGCUUGUUGUCUGGAGGCAGUGCGGCUCCUUUCUAAAUUGAAGUGUUGGUAAACAUUUAUGGACUCAGUUUUUACACAGAUACUUCAUGCAUGGAGUCUGCAAGGAAGGAGACAACUGCCGCUACUCCCAUGACCUCUCCACCAGUCAGUCUGCCAUGGUGUGCAGGUAUUACCAGCGAGGAUGCUGUGCUUAUGGAGAUCAUUGCAGGUAUGAACAUACCAAGCCACUCAUACAGGAAGAAGUGACUGAUGUUAACCCAGAGGCAGAAAUCUAUCCAUCGGUGUCCUCAGAGUUUGCAUCGCUCCCUGAAACAGUUGAAGAAUUUAUUGCUGAGAUAGAAGAUGAAAAUACAGAUCUGGCAGCAGCAGGAGUAGGGGCUGAAGACUGGGUGAAUGCAGUGGAGUUUGUUCCUGGGCAGCCAUACUGUGGACGUGGCCCCCUUCAGGUCCUGGAAGGCUGCAGUAAGGUCACCCCGGAGCCGUCUCUUCUCCAGGCCGAACAACCCCAGCUCUCUGAGCCUUUCCUCAUAGGGGAGGUUUUCCAUCCCUCUAACCAUCUUCAUGGUCCUCAACUAGCUGCUCCUUUCUGUGCUGAAGCACCCUUGCAGGAAAUGGUGAUUGAAGAAGAAUACGAGAAGCAGCAGGCAGAUGUGGAGAUGAAGAAGGAGCUGUGCCCCUAUGCUGCAUUAGGAGAAUGUCGUUACGGAGAAAACUGCGUGUAUAUCCAUGGGGACGUGUGUGAUAUGUGUGGCCUGCAGGUCUUGCAUCCCAUUGAUGCUGCACAGAGAUCUCAGCACAUAAAGUCUUGCAUUGAAGCUCAUGAGAAGGACAUGGAGCUUUCCUUUGCCGUCCAGCGUAGUAAAGACAUGGUGUGCGGGAUCUGCAUGGAGGUGGUGUAUGAGAAGGCUAAUCCUAGCGAGCGCCGCUUUGGGAUCCUCUCCAACUGCAGCCACACUUACUGUCUCAAGUGCAUCCGCAAGUGGAGGAGUGCUAAACAAUUUGAGAGCAAGAUUAUAAAGUCCUGCCCAGAAUGCCGGAUCACGUCUAACUUUGUCAUUCCAAGUGAGUACUGGGUGGAGGAGAAGGAAGAGAAGCAGAAACUCAUUCAGAAAUACAAGGAGGCAAUGAGCAACAAGCCAUGCAGGUAUUUCGAUGAAGGCCGUGGCAGCUGUCCAUUUGGAGGGAACUGUUUUUACAAGCAUGAAUAUCCUGAUGGCCGUCAAGAGGAGCCACAAAGACCCAAAGUAGGAACCUCAAGUAGAUAUCGGGCCCAGCGGAGGAACCGGUUCUGGGAGUUCAUUGAGGAGCGAGAGAAUGGUGAUCCCUUUGAAACCGACGAGGAUGAGGUGGUGACCUUUGAGCUCGGUGAGAUGUUGCUUAUGCUCUUGGCAGCCGGAGGUGAUGAUGAGCUAACGGAUUCUGAGGAUGAGUGGGACUUAUUUCAUGAUGAGCUGGAAGAUUAUUACGAUUUGGAUCUAUAGCACCUGUCAGUGGAGUGUGGACUGUUGUCUUGGCUUCAGGCAGUAGCUAUUACCUGUGGUGUUGUGGCAGUGCCUGUGUUUCUCCUAGGCAGGCCGAUCAAUUCCAGGUGCUGUUGUAAUAACUUUUACCCAGGGUCUGUCUCUUUCCUUCCCCUCCUUUCCCACCCCAGGAGUGUUGUUUUUCCUCUGUUUCAACAAAUAACAAUAAAUAAAUCUUAAAAAUGUUA